AUGGCGUCGACACACAAAUCAUCCUCCCUUUUGCCGGGAGUUGCCUUUGUCACGGGCGGCGGACGUGGCCUGGGACUCGCAAUUGCUGUGUCAUUUGCGAAAUCGGGGGCAAGAGGUGUUGUGAUCGUUGAUAUCCAGGAUGAUGAAACCAUGGCAAGCGCGAAGGCGGAAGUCGAAUCUCAUGGAAACCAGGCAAGUUUUUGCGGCAUACAAUUCAUGUUAUGUCUUCUGUUCAGCUUGCUUACGGGAAACUGGGCGCUGGAACAGGUGAAGUGUUUGCCCAUCCGAGCCAACGUCACAGACGAGAAGGACUUCGAGAGCGCCAUUGCCAAAACGGUCUCUGAAUUUGGACGCAUUGACUACACAGCAAACUUCGCAGGAGUGGGUGGCCCACAUAAACCUGUUUCGGAGAUCACUGUUGAAGAGUGGGAAAAAGUAAUGGCAGUCAACACGACAGGGGUUUUCAUUAGCACAAAACAUCAGCUGUUGCAGAUGAUGAAACAAGACCCUAUCGAAUGGGAGGCUGGACGCGUGGCCAUUAGGGGUUCAAUUGUGAACUGCGCCUCGGUGAAUUCGGUUCAAGCUAUGGCUGGAACCGUUCAUGGAGGAAACAAAGUACUGACGUUCCAACCCCGACCCUUGAAGGCGGCGUUAGAAGCUCGACAGCACGGAAUAAGAGUCAAUGCGCUGUCGCCAGGUUUCAUCUUGACCAAGAUCGCUGAGCCAAUUGUCAAAUCAGAUCCCCAGGUUUUCGAGGCAUGGAAGUCAUUCGAGGCCCGCCAAGGUCGAACAGGGAAACCAGAGGAGAUCGGUGACGCGGUUGCGUUGUUGUCCUCGAACCAAAUGAGCCUUGUCAAUGGUCAAAAUCUUGUCGUGGAUGGUGGCUUUACGGUCAAUACAACUACGUAUUAG